AGAGACAGUUCCAUCAAAUCAUCAUAUACCUCUCAGCUUUUCGUACAAAUCCUUUCGAAAUUCACAGAAUCACGCAUCGACAACCUCUGCCUACAUUCUAUAAGCCUACGCUCACUCAAAUCUGCUUUACCAUUUCUUCAAAAAGUUUGCUCAAGUUUGAUCGAUAGCUUCCUCAUCACCAGUGAAAAAGUAAAAACCCAAACGAUCCUAACUUAGGUUUUUUGUUUUUGCUUUUCGAAUCCUUCUACUUCAAAACUUCUCCAAACUCUAAGAUUAGGUGCAUGAUGACUGAACGAAGAGAAGAGACAAUCUUUACUGAUCCUGAAUUUGAGGAAUAUAAAUACACUUCUUACAAGGAACUCCAAGAGGGACGUGUCAAUGUCAAGUUUUCAGAAAAGAUUCUCAAAUGUCCUUAUUGUCCUGAGAGUAGAGAAUACACUUACAUGGAGGACCUCUGUAAGCAUGCAUCUAGGAUUGCAAAAGAAUCAAGAAGCAGUGGUUUGAAAGAAAAAUCCAAGCAUAUGGGACUGGAGGAGUUUCUAGAAAGAGAAUUUGAUACUAAAAUCAAGGAUUUAGAAUCAACAAGUAAAAGUGACAUGUCAAGGCACACGAAUAGGGAAGAGCCAGUUGUUUGGCCAUGGAUGUGUGUGGUUGCUAACAUCCCUGUUCAGUAUAAAAAUGGUAGAUAUACAGGUGAUAGUGGAAAAAGGCUAAAAGAUGAGUGGAUAAAUCAAGGUUACAACCCUAAAAAAGUUCAUCCUCUAUGGAGCUGGAAGGGUCACUCAGGUUUUGCUGUGGUUGAAUUUGGAAAAGAAUGGAGUGGAUUUGGUUAUGCAAUGAUGUUUGUCAAGGCUUUUGAGGUAAACAAACAUGGGAGGAAAGAUUGGUAUAAUGGGACAAGUCGCAAUGACACUAAUCUUUAUGCUUGGAUUGCAAGAGAUGAAGAUUAUAACUCCAAUGGUCUUGUUGGUGAUUAUCUGAGAAAACAUGGUGACCUAAAGACUGUUUCUGAAGUUGAAAAAGAAGAUGAAGUGAAGAAUUCUAAACUCCUCAUGGGAUUGAAAACAAUGUUGGAAGAAAAGAACAAAAGAAGUGAAGAGAUCCAGACUGAAAUAAGCAAGACAGAUUCCCAUAUGUAUUUUGUUAUGAAACAGAAAGAAGUGAUGAUUGAGAACUUCAAUGUGAUGAUUGAGAACUACAAUAGAGAACAUAAAACGAUGCAAGAGAAGGUGAAUGAGCAGCUUAAAAAGAUUUCCAUUGAGCAUGAACAGAGUAAAUUACAGCUUGAAGAACAUGAAAAGGAACUGAGAGCACGUGAAGCUAGAAACGAAAGUGAGCAAAAAAAGCUUGACAAUGAGAAGAAAAUGAAUGAAAUGGCAAUUUUGGAGCAGAAGAAAGCAGAUGAGAGGAUGUUGAAACUGGCUGAUGAUCAGAAGAGAGAAAAAGAGAAACUUCACCAAAAGAUCAUUGAUCUUCAAAAGAAGCUUGAUGAUAAGCAACGAUUGGAGCUAGAGAUCAAACAAAUGGAAGGAGCCAUGGAAGUAAUGAGGCACAUGACUCAUGAAGAUGUUGAAGCAAAGAAGAAAUUUGAGUCCAUUAAAGAAGAUCUAAAAGAAAAAGAAGAGGAAUAUGAGGGUUUGGAAGAGCUUAAUCAAGCAUUGAUAAUCAAAGAAAGACUAAGCAAUGAUGAAUUACAGGAUGCUCGCAAAGAGUUGAUUUCUGGUAUGAAUGAAAUAUGUGGUGGUUCUGGUAGAGCUCAUAUUGGUAUAAAAAGAAUGGGUGAGCUGGAUGCAAAGCCAUUCAUCAUUGCUGCUAAGAAACGUUCUUUAAGUGAAAAGGAAGCAGAGGAUGCAGUGAAGUUUGCGGCAAUGUGGGAGGAUCAUCUCAGGGAUCCAAACUGGCAUCCAUUCAAGGUCAUCACCAUUGGAGACGAAUGCAAGGAAAUAGUGAAUGAAGAAGAUGACAAGAUUUCAAUGUUAAAAAGUGAAUGCGAUGAGGAUGUAUACAAUGCGGUUGUGUCGUCUCUAAAAGAGCUUAAUCAAUACAAUCCAAGUGGAAGAUAUCCUUUACCAGAGCUUUGGAACAAAAAGGACAACAGAAAGGCAACAUUGAAAGAAGGAGUGGAAUUUCUGCUCAAACAAUGGAAAAUCCACAAACAGAAGAAACGAGGUUGAAGGUGAUACAAAGGUAUUAUUAACUGUUAAUUCCUAAAAUGAUUGAUGAUUAUGAUGAUUGGUCAUGGGUGGUUGUUUAUUAUUCAUAUUUUGUGGAUUCAUUUUGACUGACUGACUGUUAGUGUUAAUAUGGAAUUAGUGUAUAAACAAACACAGAUGAUGUCAUCUGAUUUUUGAUGGUUUUAUUUUAUCGUUUAACAAUGGGAGAUUAUAGGCUUAUAGCACCCUACUUUGAUUCUUUUUU